AUGAUAAUGUCUGAAUUAUCUCUCCGUCUGUUCUUGCUGGUCUCAGUCUUGACCAAUGCUGGAGCACAGACUACAGCUGUGAACUUUAUGACGGGAACAACUGACACAGGUGAGGAAUGCUUCUGUGAAGUGUCUGAUCUAUUAGCCGAAACCGGAGCUCCCGAGAAACCGAUAGCGGGGAGCGACGUUGUCUUGAGUAACGUGGAAUGCAACCCCGACGAUAUCGCGACCUGCCAAGCCAACUGCGAGGGACUCCAUGGCAAAGACCAGUACCUUGCCGACAAGUGCUGUGCUUAUGUGGGACAGUCUGCCAGUUUGCUGGCGUUUGAAGAAGAUUCCCUUUGGGUUCCCAGGCUCGAAGAGUUCAACAGGUGCACCGGUGCCCGUGUCAGAUUGGAGUACCUCCCCGAGGGUGAAGACGGAAUGGCCGAUGCUCUCCGACAGGAUCUCGGAGAUGACGUCUCUCACGAUCAAGGCAAUGCGGAAGGACAGGGUAUCUUCGAUGCAUACAUUGUUCAGGCUCCAUGGUUGUGGCCUGUUGUCAAUGGUCUUGACAACUUGACCCCUCGUAUCCGAGAAAGCGCUGACACUGUCAAGUUUCUGGAUAUUAACCCGGCCAGUCGAGCUGCCGUGUCCUACAACGGUACCGUCCGGGCUCUUCCCUUGGACACGGAUUACAUUGCUUUGGGAUGGCGUCAGGAUGUCUUCCACAAGUACCAGAUCCCCGAAAGGAUGACCCCACCACGAACUAUUCAAGACCUGGCAUUCGUUGCUGAGAAGUUGCAUGGAUUGGACUUCAAUGAAGAUGGAGAGGGUGACUGGGGUGUCUGCUUAACACCUCAGGUCAACUACUUUCAUGCCUUUGUCGCUCCCCUCAUGCAAACCAAUCUGAACGAUCCUGAAAAUGGUCUGCCCACCGGACAGAACAUGUUCUUCGCCGCUGACACUUUUGAACCCCUCAUUCGUCAGCCGGCAUUCAAGACUGCUGUAGAGACCUACUACAAAAUCAUCCGAAACUCCAACUGCGGAGAGCAAUUGUCCAACGGCGAGAAGUGCGACAGAAAGACCGCUUUCCCCACGGGGCGAUGUGCCAUGGUCAUCUCCAUGCCUGGUACGCUUACCAAGAUGCUCUUGGACGGGGCCAAGUACGCCCCGCAACGUCGAGUCGAUGAUACCACUGGAGAAGUGUUGUGGGACAUUAAUAACAUGACAUUGGGCGGUGGAGGCACAUACUGGGGUCGAAGAGCACCCUUCCCCGGUUCGACUGUGGUUCAAAAGUGGGACAGAGCCGCUGGAUACCCUCUCGUCGAAUGCUCAGCAGACAACGGACGUCACUGCCCCUUGGCCGACGAGAACGGCGUCAACAAUGCACCUUUCUUUGCAGAAGGUGGUGAAGCUUACGCACUCAAUGGCCGACAAGCAAAGCCUGCUGCACGCGCCGUCAUGUGGGAUCUCUUCACUUGGCUCUCCGAAUUGCCCGAAACAGCUCUUCCACUCUCUGGACAAUAUCGCAAGUCGCAUUUGAAUGAAGAGCACCGUGAGGUUCUUACCGAUGAAGCAGGAUGGCCCAACCAGAUGGUUGACGAUAUUUUCAAUCUUCUUGGAAAAUACUUCAAAUCAGAAGACGAGGGAGGCAACCCCGUACAAGACCUCUUGAUGCUUGGAUUUCCAGAAUACAUGGGAGCUCUCGAUGAAGAGCUUCACGAUAAGUUUUUGGGUGUCAAAACCGACUCCACCGGCGGUGUGUUCAAUCGAAAUGAUCCCGUUAGAUCUGUUGACCCUUACCUUGACCACGACAGCUACAAUGAGGCAUACACUGCUUUCAUCGACGCCCUGGAAGAAAGGUACCACGCCAUCUCUGCCAGUAUUAGUGGUGGACGUAUGGGUCAGCUCCAAAGAUGGAGGAGUUCGCUCAAUCUUCCACUCCGAACUGAAGAAGAGCUCUGCUUUGCUACGUUGUCGUCCAACCAGAUCGACGCCUUCGUUGGUCUUAAAUGCGCCACCAGAGUGUCAUUUGAUUCCCUUUGCCAAACGCAGCCCGAUAUUGUUGCAAACUACGAUGUUCAGCUUUGCGACUCCCUAAAGUCGGAUUCCAACCUUGCCGUUGUCAUUCCCAGCAUCGUUAUCCCUCUCAUCAUUGUGGCUGUUAUUGGCGCCUACAUUUAUGGGGAAAAGAAAAAGCAGAGAGGAGACAACGUCUGGCAAAUCGACCCGGACGAGUUGAUUUACAAGGAUCCCAUCGAAGUCAUUGGACAUGGUAAAUUUGGGGAGGUCGUACUUGCAGAAUAUCGGGGUACGACAGUGGCUGUGAAAACAGUGAACCCCGCAAGGUUGGUUGACGGGUUUCAUGACGAGGAGCAACCAGGCAUUUCUUCGAGGAUAUCAAUUUCAUCAAGAAAUUCCAAAUCCAUGAAAUCUGUGCCCUUGAUGUUUGGUGGAGCGGGGAAUGGCACCUCCUCGGCCAGGUCAAGUCUGGGCUCUGGCUCAGCUAAGGUGAAGAUGGGCACUGGCUCGGCAAAGGUGAACAGAGGCACUGGCUCGGCAAAGGUGAACAGAGGCACUGGCUCGGCAAAGGUGGGCAGGGGUACUGGCUCGGCAAAGUUGACCGUUGGCACUGGCUCAGCCAAAACUCGUGGCUCUUCUUCCUCUAGGGGUAUUGCCUCGAUUACAGCCAGUGGUCUUGCCUCGAUGACAAAAACUGCUCUCGGAUUGACAUCCGUCACGCAAGAAGCCAGGGAGAUGCGGGAGGAGUUCAUCGCUGAGAUUCGGUUAUUGGCAAACCUGCAAGAACACAGGAAUAUUGUUUGCGUGAUGGGAGCUGUCGUGAACGGUACUCACGAGCCCAAGUUGGUCCUGGAGUACAUGGAACGCGGCAGUUUGUUCGACCUCCUCCACAACGCGAAUUUCCCUAUUUCUGGUGAACUCAUUCACAACAUUCUCACUGAUGUCAUCCAAGGUGUUAGGUUCCUUCACAAUGCCAAACCGCAUGCGGUUAUUCACUCCGAUCUCAAGUCUUCGAAUAUUCUGAUCGAUGAACGAUGGCGUGCCAAGGUUGCUGAUUUCGGGUGGGGUACUGCGGGAACUCCUUACUGGACUGCUCCUGAGGUUUUGAGGCAAGAGACACUUUACACCCCCGAAUCGGACGUCUAUGCGGUUGGUGUGGUGCUCUACGAGAUGUACAGUCGGUCCACUCCUUACGAAGGUGAAGAUUACGACACAGUACUUAAGAAAGUUGCAGACCCGGCCAUUCGCAAGCGUCCACCCGCUCCCACAACGAUGAGUUCUUCCAUAGCCGACAUGAUGAGGGAUUGUCUCCGCGACGCACCGGAAGAGCGACCAACCCUCAAUGAACUGGGCUCGCGAAUCAGCCGUCUUUCCAUGGAUGAUAUCGAGUACCAGGUUCAGGGCGAUGGCCCCGGAUCCCAGAUUAUGUUUCCCGAGAACGUUGCAAGGGCUUUGUCAAAGGGUCACAGUGUCGACAUUCAGACACACGAGAAUGUUUCUGUGGUGUACUGUGAAAUCAUCGGCUUUUCUGCCCUCACUGCCGAGCUGCCUCCAUUGAAGAUCGCGGACAUGCUGCAACGUUUGCAUGACCACUUUGAUGUUCUCUCCGACAAGCACAGCGUGUUCAAGGUGGAUGUCUUGGGUAGUAGCUCCUGGAUGGGAGCCACGAAUUGUGUUCAGCAUCAACCCGACCACACAGCGCGCAUGGCAAAGUUUGUUAUUGAAGCUAUUGAGGCUGCAGGCACCACACUCAUCGAUGAGGAUAAUCCUGAGCGCGGUUAUGUUCAAAUCCAGACAGCAAUGAUAUCUGGGGAGGUCAAAGCGAAAGUUGUUGGUACUCGCUCGCCCCGGUAUUCACUGUUCGGGCCUAUCAUCGAGGCAGUCACAUAUCUUGCAGGGGAGAAGUCUGAAGCUGGCAAGAUUGUGUGUACGGAGAGAGAACAAGGUGUCCUGGAGCGUAGGGCUCCUGAAAUCCCAGUGUUAAUCAAAUCGCGUGUCUUCAUUCCAGGUUUUGGCGCCACUUUGACUUUCUGGGUGAAUGAGAAAAAUUGA